ACUUGUCAAUACGUGGGCUCCCGCAACCCAAAACCAAAGCGGAGAAGGAAAGAAUAGUAGAGAGAGAAAGAGAGGAGAGAGAGGCGACUGGGAAAAAAAAAGGACAAAGAGAGAGAGAGAGGAGAAGAAGAAGAAGAAGGGUAGGAGAGAGAAAGCUCGUUGUAGCUCAGCCUCGUCGUCUCGAGCGCGAUCGGAUUCUCUCAGUGAUCCAUCCGUCGACCAAUCUUUGUAACUCACUAUCUCCGCAUUCUCCACUCAUCGAUAGAAACCCUAGAAAUUCCUUCCUUGCUUCUGAUCACUCCCCACACCAUUCUCUCUCCUCACCUAAAUUUUGAUCCUUCUAUUUGUUAAUUCGUCUAUCUAUCGGCGUCUCAACCAUAAGCAUUCAAACCUUUUCGAGCCCUGAAUCAAAAAAAAAACAAACUAUCUAAUCAAAAAAUUCCAAAUUUUCAACUCUGAAAACCCUAACUCCCAUGGCAACAGCUUCCAAUCACUCUCCCGACCCCGCCGCCAACAGCCCUCGAUCGAAGCGAGCCACCGCGCCACCGCGUGGCGCUGCUGCUCCGCCGUGGUCGCAGCUCGUUCGUGGCGCCGAGUCCGAACCGCUCGACGCCCCUUCCUCGCCGUCUGCCGGUCGGGGGCCAAUCGGUAAUUCUUCUCCUGAUCGGGGACCAAUCAGCAAUUCAUCGUCGCCAGAUCAUUACGCGGGCGAGGCUGCUCAGGCGGAUUACUCCGACAGUAAUGCGGGCAAGAAGCAGGUCUGGAACAAGCCUUCAAACGGUGCCGUGGAGGCUGUUGGUGGAGCAGUGAUGGGGGCAGUUUCGUGGCCGGCUCUCUCUGAGUCUACUAGGGCUUCUCUUAAAUCAGCUUCGUCUGAUUCGUUGAAACCACCUCUCUCCGAUCCGGCUUCGGUCUCUGCUUCGCAGGGGGCUGGAAUUGCAUCUUCUUCCACACAGAAAUUGGUCAUCACAAAUAAUGCAAACCCUACUGUAACGCCGAACCAUGUAAUGCCACCCACACGGCAGAAGUCCAUGAAGAAAGUUGGUGGGAGUUCAAGUGGAAAUCCAAAUGCUAACGGUGGCUUCCCUCAACUGUCGCCACCAUCGGGUCCAAUAGUUGAAAUGCCUUCUACUAAUACUGGAAGAUCGGGGUUAGCUGUUCCGGAGUCAUCUCCGAGAGACCAUACAAACAAGGAAAGUGGACAAAGGGGAGGAUUUGGGUCACAAUCCCAUGGUGGUAAUGACCACCCACAGCAACGCAAUUCAUUUAGGAGGGGCAAUGGCGGUGGACCCUAUCCUCGUGGUGAUGGUUCUUAUCAACAAAACUACAGGGGCCGGAGGGACCAGGAUGGUGGAAAUCAUGAGUGGAGUUCUCCUCGUAGUUUUAGUGGCAGAGAUGCUCACAUGCAUCCGCAAAGAGUUGUUCCUAGGGGCUUCAUUCGUCCUUCACCGCACAAUCCUACCCCCUUCAUUCCCCCUCCUCCUCCGGUGCCCGUGCAACCGUUUGGCAACCCUAUUAUUUACCCUGAAAUGCCUUCUCCGAUGAUUUAUGUUCAUCCAGACUCCUUUAGGGGUAUGCCUGUUGUUGCACAAAUGCCGCCUCAUCCCAUGUUUUUUAUACCGGAUCAGUUGCGUCUGAAGAUAAUGAGUCAGAUAGAUUACUAUUUCAGUAAUGAAAAUUUAAUUAGAGAUACGUACUUGCGGCGGAACAUGGAUGAACAGGGCUGGGUUCCCAUUAAUUUAAUAGCAGGCUUCGCCAAAGUUAAGCUUCUGACAGACAGUAUCCCGCUUAUAUUGGAUGCUUUGCGCUAUUCAAAUAUUGUGGAAGUGAAGGAUGAGAAAGUACGAAAGCGUGAUGAUUGGUGGAGAUGGAUCAUGCCUUCUGCUCAGUUUCCGCAUGUCUCGAGUCCUCAAUCACUAGGAAGGUCAAGUCAUGAUAUACUUGCAGCGAACAUCCAGAGUAUGUCGCUAGAUGAGAACAUGAACAAACAAGGUCAGGAGGAGGGAUUUCUAAGUAGAUCAUCAUCCGGGGAAUUGAAUAGCCAGUCUCAACGAUCCAGUGGUGAGGGGAUAGGCCAAGCUGCUUUUCAAGCUGGCGAGCCGUCUUAUUUCAGCAAGAAGUAAAUGAGUAUUGAGCUUUUGAAAAUUCUUCGGAGGGAUGGAAGGAGGGAAGGAAGCGCUCAACGACAGUGAAUAUUUUGAAUAAUACUUCUGGAGAUUAGGGGUCUUGGUCUAGUUCUGGUGUCACUCAUGGGGCAAAUAGACAAACAAAAUUACGAACCGGAAAUAAAAUCGGGAAAACUUUAAAAAAAAAAUAAGAGUACUACCUAUAAGAAGUUAAAAAAAAGGGCUCUCAUGGCGAAGGCUAGUAGCGAGACAUUCUUGGGAUGUAUGUAUGAUUUUGGAGGGAUCAUUGCUGUCUUCUAUUUUUCAUGGUAAAUCGUUGUGACUUGGUUAUUUCCUUGUGGGGAAUUUUGAUUCUACUUCCCCGUGCCUGCCCCUCAGCUGUUAUUUUUUCAUGAAUGUCUUUGGGGUCGGAUUACCUCUCAUUCUCAGGAGGUAAAAUGGAGUAUGGCGCAGAUGGGAGAUGGAAGAAAUGUCUUUGGUGGAUGAUGCUGUUGAUACUGUUACUAUGCGGUUGUUCUGUGCCUCAUUAUCUAUUGUGUUUACUGCUUUAUAAAUGAAAUGACAUUCCUAUGUGUAUACCAUUUUAAUGGCCAUUAUCAAGACUACUGCAUAAAUUGCCAUCGAUCGGAAAACUGUUUUGGCCUAUAUUCUGUAAGGAAGAGAUAUCCUUGACUCUGUUUUUGCCUUCUGCAUUGAAACUUUGUAGAUGUUAUAUAGUAUAUUUUCGGUGUUUGGAUA